AUGGCGCGGCUUGCGCAGUGGUUUGGCUCUCGACCUGCAUUGACACCACCGACAUCCCACUCCCGUCCCGGUACCGCUCGAGCUUCCCACAUGGAGCCCUCUCCUCUCACACACCAGCCUCGGCCGGAGGACGAUUCAGACGAGGCAGAGCGGUCGGCGGGCUUUUGGAAGGAGUUCUUCAUUCUUCGACCCGACCGGUCAUCACUGCGUCGGAUUCUCGACGAGAUAGGGCCCAAUGACCUGCUCCAACUUCAACAUCAGACCAGACAGCUGUUCGUGCAGGCUAUUGCUGCACUGCGCAACCCGUCUGGCCGCGCGGACCUCCACGCGCUAGAGAACCUCAGCACCUUUAUGCUUGCGGUCCUCGCCAAAAAGUACACGAACCCAAGUUCCGACAUCAUCGAGCUGCUGGCUGGUCUGGACCACAUCGACACCGUCUUCACCGAGUUUGUCGGCGCAUUGGAGUCGCUCAUCCGGAAUGGGAGGGGCGCGGGACACGAGUGCUGCCCGAACGGCAUAGGCCAUGUCGGUCAGGAGGAGUCGCGGGUAGGGAGCCGGGCAGGCUGCACGUACAUGGCAGACCUCCAGUAUAGGGCUGUAGAGGUGGCGUUAGCGGUCACGUCUGGGGCAUACCAGACCAGCUUGCUCACCUACUUCAUCCAGCGGGACUUGUUUCCGGCGAUAAUCAACUGUGUCCAAUCACAAAUAUUAUCCGAAACCCACGAGAUAACGUCGCCGUUCAUGCUACUGGGGCUGCUGGCGAACUACAACAAGUUUGAGUUCCAGAAUCCGUACCAGAUGCGGCUUAACGACUUCGUCAACGAGCGGGUGAUUCGGGGUAUUGUCAAGAGCGUCGGACAGACAUGCCAGAGGCUGAGGGCGCAGUACAUCGAAGUUCAAGAGGACCUCCCCGAAGGGUGGACGCUGGCGGGCACGCUGAACAAAAUUGGGCUGGGGGCUAUUGCUCCUGGGGGCAAGCCACCACCAAAACCCGUCUACGAUGCCGAGACGGCCAAGAAGAUGUUUGCCGAGCUUACUCCUCGCUACUUACGAAUUCACUCAUGCGAAAAAGCUGUUCAGCCUCCAACUGGUUACUUGGGCGCCCGAAAAGGCGAAGAACAGCCGUUCGCGAGCUUCAUCUCCCUCACGUCGUAUCUCCUCCAGCACGCCCACCUCUCGCAGCGCACCACUCUCUACUGCCACCUCAACCUAAUGGUCUUCCGGCUGCUCAUCGAAGACCCGAUCCUCUGUAAGCGCAUGUGCAGCGAAGAUAGCAAGGUGCCCGUACGCCUCUGCCGGCAACGCUCGCCCUACCUCCCGCUCGUCCGGACGGAGCGCAUCCUUGCCACCGCAGUCAUGGACACGAUGCUGGACGCCAUCAACCACAACCUCCGGCGGCGACUCGACGUGGGCCUAUACACACUCUGCGUGGGCAUCCUACUGCGCAUCAUCAGCUACAUGUCGCGGUCGCGCACGCGGCUGGCCUACCACUGGGCCGACCUCUUCCGCUCGCUGCUCUCGCUCGUCCGCUUCCUCACCACCUACGCCACCGACCUCAAGGACCUGCCCCACGUCGACACCCUGCUCGACCACGUCGUCAACCUGCUCGCCCUCGGCCUGUCCGCCGGCGAGACCUUCCUGCCCACCCCCGCCGCCUACGAUGAUCUGUUUUACAAGGUCGUCGAGACCGGCGACGUGCUCGUCAAGUUCCGCGGCACGUACAACCUGGCCAAUCGCCCGAGCAACUCGAUUGAUACCCUCGUUAGUGUGAGUACGCACUACAAGGCGAUGCUGGUGGAGGGGGGCGAUGCGGGGAAGGGGGCCGGUAAAGGGGGUUCUGCUGCUGCGGCGGCGGCGGGGGUGGGGAGUGGGGGCUCGCAGUUGACGAGCUUGCAGGUGGCUGAGGUGAUUAAGCAGGGCUAUGAGACGCUGAGUAUUCAGGCGAAGGAGGGGCUGGAUAGUUGGGAAAAGUAUCGCGAGGCGGAUGAGAGGACGCUGUUGAAGAAGAUGGCGAGGGCGGCGGUGGGAGAUGUGAGGGGGUUGGUAGCGGCGGAGGAAUGA